AGGAAAUUAGAUAAUUCAAAAAUGGCAGAACUUGUUAUGGAAUGUGAAGAAGAAGAGUUGGAACCAUGGCAGCAGAAAGUAGACGAAAUUCAAAAUAAAGACGAUGAUGAUGAUGAGUUGAUCUUUGUUGGAGAGAUAUCAAGUUCCAAACCAGCUAUUUCAAAUAUUUUGAAUAGAUGUAGCCCUGGUUCAUCUUCAAAGGGACUAAAGAAUUACUCACUCAAUCCAGCUAUUUCUAAUAUAUUCAGACCUGCAAAUCGACACUACAAAAAUCCAUUACAUAAUCCAGUGGCUGCUUUGCGUAGAUUUCAUCCUAAAUCCAAAUCUUCAGAGAAUUCUGGUGUUCAGACUGUGUUUAAACCUAGUUUUUCAAAGACUUCAUCACAAGAUGAUCCAGGUGCUUCUAUCUUACAGUUAGACUCAACCAAGGAUAAACCAUCCUACAGCAUACUGAAAAGGAGUACAGAAGGUAUCGAACAAACUUCAUUAGGAUUAAAACAUCCUUCCACUUCCAAAUUAAACAGUGUUAAUCCAAAAAAGCCAAAGACCAAUGAAAGUGUUUCUGAAACAAAUCCUUCCUCUUCAUCAUCUUUAAAUAAGUCUCCUUCCGAGGCUUCUUCCCAGGUUGUACUAUCAAAUGAAAAUACCUCAUCAAUUCAGGCUGAAACUGGAGCGCCUUCAUUAAGAUCUUGUCCAAAGUGCAAGGUUAAGUUCAGUUUUUUGGAUCCUUUGAAAUGCCACAUGAAGCGUUGCUGCCCAGACAUGAUAAAUAACUUUUUGGAGACUGUUAAGUCAGAACAUUCAACGACUGAAAACAAAGCUAACAUUGGCUCGGAUAAAGAAAAAUUGAUCGUGCUAGUUAGUGAUUUUUACUAUGGAAGACAUGAAGGAGCUGUUGAGGAAGAUCUAAAGACUUACACAACUUUUAAAUGCUUCAGUUGCUCGAAAGUUCUUAAAAAUAAUAUUAGGUUAAUGAACCACAUGAAACAUCACUUGGAGCAUGAGAAACAGAACAGUGAAUCCUGGGAAAGCCAUACCACAUGCCAGCACUGCUAUCGGCAGUAUCCCAACCCCUUUCAGCUACAGUGCCACAUUGAAAGUACACACACUCCUCAUGAUUUUUCUACUAUUUGUAAAAUCUGUGAAUUGUCAUUUGAAACAGAGCAUAUGCUUUUACAACAUAUGAAGGACACUCAUAAGCCUGGUGAAAUGCCAUAUAUUUGCCAGGUUUGCCAGUUUAGAUCAUCAAUAUUUUCUGAUGUAGAAACUCACUUUCGAUCAUCCCAUGAGAACACUAAGAACUUGCUGUGUCCAUUUUGUCUCAAAGUUAGUAGAAUGGCAACCCCUUAUAUGAAUCAUUACAUGAAACAUCAGAAUAAAGGAAUUUAUCGUUGCCAAAAAUGCAGACUACAAUUUUUGACCUGCAAGGAGAAAACAGAUCAUAAGUUAGAACAUCGCACAUUUAUAGAGCCUAAAGGACUAGAAGGAUUGCCUCCUGGAACAAAAGUGAGUAUUAAAUAUGUUGUAUCCUACUCUCAUAGUGACCACCCAAGUAAACAGCUUUAUAUUUUUAAGAAGCAUUCAAGAGCUCUCAGGGGCAUAACUCUAGUGUGCCUUAAAUGUGACUUCCUAGCUGAUACUUCUGGCUUAGACCGUAUGGCUAAGCACUUAAAUCAACGUAAAACUCAUACUUGCCAAGUAGUAAUCGAAAAUGUUACAGAAAGAAGCUUAACUUAUGAAUCCACUUCUGAGUAA